AUGAACAGACACACGCACAUGAUUCCGAAACCUGUAGCUUUAUAUGCAUAUGAGAGUUUGACAGAUGGCUGCAAGUACAGUGAAAGAAUCCAAAACAAACCGUGAGGUCGUGUUGGGCUUCUUAGAGGAGGCAGAAUCAUGGCAGCUUCUUAGUAACCAGUUUGCAAGUAAAGUCGGAGGGAGACCUGCGUGGUUGAGCCAAGUGGAUUUGCCAGUUGUGUCCGAGUUACAGUGUGAGAAAUGUAAACUUCCAACCGUGUUUCUUCUGCAGGUCUACGCACCAGUUAUGGAAUAUGAUCGAUGUUUUCACAGAACACUGUUUGUGUUCUGCUGCAAGACACCAGCUUGCUAUACGCGAAAUGAUAACAAGUGUUUUAAAGUGUUUAGAUGCCAGCUGCCAAGGAAAAACGACUUUUACCCCUUUGAUCCUCCUCCUGAUGAGAAGCCAGAGCAGCUAGUGAAUAAUCAUCAGGUUCUGGGCUCUGGGCUCAAACUGUGCAGGCUGUGUGGUUGUCUGGGACAGAAAGCCUGCUCUCAAUGUCACUCUGUCACAUACUGCUGUAAAGAGCAUCAGACCAUAGACUGGAAACACAGACACAAGAAAGAAUGUUCAAAUGAGGCUUCUGAAAGCUCUGAGGAGCUCAGUUCAUUUCUGUUUCCUGAGUGGGAGCUGGUUACAGACCCGGAAAAGCUUCUAGCAAAAGAUGAGGAACUCCAUGAAGCCCACAGUCUGGAUCAGGAGAGCAUGGCAUGCUUAAAUAAUGGUUUGGAGGACAGUGAACUUGAAAGUAUGGCCCUUCAUGAAACACAAGACUCUAAAGUGUUUCAGAAGUUCAAGAAGCGCAUUGCUAAUGAACCACAACAGGUUUUGCGGUAUUGCAAAGUAGGAUCUCCUCUUUGGGUGUCAGCUGAACAUGUGCCACGUGAGGAGGAUGUUCCAGAAUGUCCAUGUGGUGCAAAACGUCUGUUUGAAUUUCAGAUCAUGCCUCAGUUACUUAAUCACCUCAAAGUGGAUACGACAGAUGCCAGCAUAGACUGGGGGACAGUGGCCAUCUACACCUGUGCUGACAGCUGUGACCAAGGCACCAAAUAUUCUGCUGAGUUCAUCUGGAAACAAGACUUUUCAGGAGAUCAAGCAGUGUAGAAUUGGUCUAGUCAAAUGAACUAUAAUGCAGACUAUUAUGCUGCAUGAAAAACCACAUUUAUAAUAUUGAAGAAAUGUAAAUGAUAAAGGCAUUGGUUAUUUUAAGGCACUGACAUACACAAUUUCUUACCCUAAAUAAAAUUAAGAGGUCUUCACAAGAAGUAUUACUAAACAUUUAGGCAAUUCAGACAUAAGUAAUAUUUAUUUUUUGAUUUAUCAAAGAUGCAUUAAAUUAAUCAAAAGUGACAGUAAAGAC